CAGCACCUGUUGCUUGCUUAAAGACAUUUCAUUAGCACUGGCACCAUCUAGAAGCGCACGGAUCCAUCCCAAAUUGUCAACGGCUGAAACAAGAUACGGCAAUUGUAUUGAGUUGCGUUCGACAUCACAGUGUUGAUGAGUGGCGGAGAAACACGUGGCCGGGGCUUGAUUAGGGUUGUUCCUAGUACGUCACGCUUCCGACAUGUGACGUCAUGACCUUGGGUGAGUGGAGGGUUGACGUGCGCGUAAAGUUACCCUCAGGUAGGUAGAAUGUCUGAUUUCUGGGACGACUGACAGCAACGAUUAUGGGAAGCCGGACACUGGCAAGAUGCCUUCUGAUGAUAGCUGUGAUAUUCAUCCAGACAAAGAAAUCUUUCCAGCAAAGUCCUAGGGAUAAAAAUGUCCGUGGCAACGACAAGAGCGAGAGGACCGUGAUCUUCCCAGUCUGGAACGAGACUGACCACUCACUGCCAGUUUUUCCUGACCCCGUCGUUUCCUAUGUGGGAAGGCAGAGGCCUUUGGCGCCCCCUGUUGACAAUUUCGGACAACCCCUCUGUGCUAGGAGUGAUGAUGACACCUUCUGUGAGAAGGUAGAAAAUUAUCCCGAGCGGGAGAUCCGAAAUGCCAUCAACUAUUCCUCGGACGAGUUCAAGGAGUUAUUCGGCACCCUGACCAUCAAUCCUCGGAAGAUGUCCCCGGGAGAUGUGUCCGAGGAAACGGUCUGUCCCCAGCAGUCGCGCCUCUUCUACCCUAAGGCGGCGGUCAAUGAGAAUGAGCAAUGGGCCUUCGUGGUCAACGAUGUGGAUUACGUCCAGGCGGUUAUGGCCGAGAUGUGCGAGAAAGAAGGCAAACCUUGUUCUUUUUUGGAUGGUGCCUUGCCCUCAGGCGUCAGCUCUCGCUGUAAGCAAAAAUACGCUUAUAAGAGGCUACUGGCCCUGCAUCCUAACCAGAAGAAGACUUACACAGAUGCCUUCAAGUUUCCCUCGUGCUGUGUGUGUUUCGUGAAGAGACCUUUCGUUCUGUCCAGGACUCGCGCCAUCAAAGUGGAAGAUAAAGUUCCAGAUGCCGAAUGACAGCUGAAGAACAUACAUACUCUCUCUACUACAUUUUAACCUUUUCCUUUGAAGUAACUAUCUUAUGGUUACACAGUUUCGUUUCCUGUUUCCACUUUUGCAUCCUCAUCCUCUUUGUCUCACCGAAAUAUUUUUUCUAUAGUCUUAUUUAAGAUUACAGGGGAGCACUAAGAUAGCAGCAUGACGAAACCGAAUCCAGAGCCUCGACUCAAUUCAGCAACGGACGUUACUACAGAUACGAGCGAAGCUAAAGGAAGAGAAAGUGACGUUGAAACGCCUAUUUUGAAGUAUCAGAAUUGCAGUGUUUGUAUUCGUUGGAAAUGAGGAAUAACCUAAACAAUCGUUUUGGAAAUUCGAGAGGUUUAUUUCAUACUAAGAGUUUUCACAUUAUCGAGCUGUGAAAUCAUUCAUAUCAAGGGAUUUUCAAUCUUCUUGAACGUUGAUGUGAUAAAACAGAUAUAUAGUGUCCUACAAAAGUGAUCCGAUUACUUUUAACUUUUUGAGGGGCAGGAAAAGGUAAUUAACGUUUUCAGUAAAACUCUUGUUUUAUUUACUUUAUCAGGCGUUACCAUGAAAUUAUUUGCAACAAUUACACAUAUUUUGUCCAAUGACCACUUCUGGUGGUUAGUGUCAGUGACCACAGAACACAUCCCUACACAAAUCAGUCUCUAUAAUACUUAUGGAAACAGUUUUACUUUUUCAAGCAGAGUGCAACUUUGCAUGUACUGCAUCCCCACACUGUUCUUACAGGCUUUUUCCUAGUGCUGCAGAGUGCACAUCAUCGGAUGUUGUCUUCGAUGGCUUAUUUUCUUGAAGACGAAUUUCUGCAUCAACUGCUGGCUUAUGUUUCUUGAUUGCCAUCUAGUGAGCUACAAGAGAACUUCAGAAACGGUCAGACUUGAAAUCCACUCACACGAGUUAAUAAGACGUUCAAUAGAAAAGGUGUUUACUUUAGGUAACCAACGCCCUUCAAAGAGUUAAAACCCGAAAAUACUCUAAAAAAUUUCAAAAGCAUAAACUAAAACUAUAAGAAGAUUUGUCACUGAAGUUCACUUUAGCUAAUUUUCUAUUUCGUUUAAUAUCCAUGCAAAAAUAAAACUGUGGUCUUUAUAAUUAACACUGCAUUUUUUAACAUAGAAAAUUGCAUUAAAAAUGUAUUCAAACGCAACCGGAAGUAAGACACAUGUACUGAUGUUUUGUAAUAACAAAUGUAGGUUUGUGACAUUAUUUUACAUCGGACUCAUAGGCAACGUCUAAAAUUUAUCUCUUUGCAUUUUUCAAAAUUUAUGUUGUUUAUGUAUUUUUAUAUCAAAACUGCUUUAAAAAGCAUAUGAAAUUAAAAAUUUUCGUAAUGAAGUAUAAAUUAUGGCAUAGUAAAACAUUAUUCAAAGCUUCACAGAAUUCAAAAUAAAGAGUUGAAAGACAUUGAGAUUUGUUCUAUGCGAUACAGCCAAUAUUGUCAUAAGUAUUACUAUAAUAGAAAACUCAGUAAUCCCACACUUGUAGCAGAAAAUUAUUUAAUCUUGUAAAGAAGACCUUAAUUCAAUUGUUAUUCUAAAAAUAAGAACCCUAUUUGCUGAAUACAACGGGCAAGAAGCAAGGGAAAAAUCCUUUAAGAAAGAAAAUUUCAGCUUUCCUUCUGAGAUUGUAUCAGAAAUAAGAACUAUGAUAACAUAAAUUUGUUGACACUGCUGUUUAAGUUAGUUAACAUCUUCGGAUGGAAUGGUCAAUUUACUAUACGAAGGGGAACGAGAUUCUGGAAAACUUACUUCUAACGGUAAGGUGGUGGUAAAAGAGAGUUAUGAUAUAGGCAUUUGUUGAAAUCAUAACCUAAAGUUUAUUGGUAGUGCAACUGAUUGAGUAUAAACACAAUGAUAUUUCGAAAUUUUAAAUAAUCAGCACAAAAACUUAACCUACAAUGGUAAUCUCAUAUUCUACCGAGACAAUGAUUGGUAAGAAUGAACACAGUAUCUGACUGAUGUUCAACUGCAUCGAAAUAAUCAAAAUAUUUCUCAGUGUCUAGAUUUAAAUUCUAUCAAACAUAUUUGUCAAAACUGGAAAAUAAAAUGAAAAAACAAAAUAUCUCUGUAAAGAGGAAUUUAGGAUUAGUGAUAUAAGAUGCAUAACAUUAAAACCUAGUACAUUCAGUCGCGUUAUAAAAGGUAAGAGGAAUCCAAGAAAACCUGAAUAAAAUAUUUAGUUUUUUAGUUCCAUAUACGAAAUAAAGGAAGUAUUGUUCUAUUUAAUGGAACAGUAAGUAUCUGAUCGCUUUUAUGGACACUAUAUUUUAUUCUAAUAUGUAUUAUACUAUUUAUAUCAAACUUUUACGAUAUUAUUUUAUGAAAUGUAUAUAAAAUAGUUACAGAAUAAAAUGUCAAGUAAGAAACCUAAA